UGUCUCACCUUCCUUCCCUCGCCACAGGACUAUACUAUACUAUCUAGAAUCUUACACUGCCGGUGACCUCAUUGUUCAAUUUCUGCACCCCGCCUUCGAAAUGUGCCCUGGUGCAGACAACACGCCGAACGGGCAGGCCAAUGGCCAUCCCAAUGGAAACAACUUCCACCCCCACGACGGUUAUACCGCCAUUGAAACCCGCCAAAACCCUCACCCUUCCACCCGCAAUCCCUACGGCCACAACGUCGGAGUCACCGAUUUCUUGAGCAAUGUUUCUCGCUUCAAGAUCAUUGAGAGCACCCUGCGAGAGGGCGAGCAGUUUGCCAAUGCCUUCUUUGAUACUGAGAAGAAAAUCGAGAUUGCCAAGGCCUUGGACGACUUUGGUGUUGACUAUAUUGAAUUGACCAGCCCUUGUGCCUCGGAGCAGUCGAGACUGGACUGUGAGGCGAUUUGCAAGCUCGGUCUUAAGGCCAAGAUUCUUACACACAUCCGAUGCCACAUGGAUGAUGCCAGAAUAGCCGUUGAGACUGGAGUUGACGGUGUCGACGUUGUCAUUGGUACAAGUUCUUAUCUCCGCGAACACUCUCACGGAAAAGACAUGACCUAUAUCACCAACACUGCCAUUGAAGUUAUCAACUUUGUCAAGUCCAAGGGAAUUGAGGUUCGAUUCUCAAGUGAAGAUUCGUUCCGCUCUGACCUCGUCGAUCUUUUGUCCAUCUACUCUGCUGUUGACCAAGUUGGUGUUCACCGAGUUGGUAUUGCUGAUACUGUCGGAUGUGCCUCCCCUCGUCAAGUCUAUGAGCUUGUGCGAGUGCUUCGUGGUGUCGUCCACUGCGAUAUUGAAACCCACUUCCACAACGAUACUGGUUGCGCGAUUGCAAACGCUUACUGUGCAUUGGAAGCCGGUGCCACUCACAUUGAUACUUCUGUUCUUGGCAUUGGCGAACGCAACGGUAUCACGCCUCUCGGCGGUUUGAUGGCCAGAAUGAUGGUCCAAGCCCCAGACUAUGUCAAGUCCAAGUACAAGCUGGAGAAGUUGAAGGACCUCGAGGAUCUUGUCGCAGGCGCAGUUGAAGUCAACAUUCCCUUCAACAAUUACAUCACCGGCUUCUGUGCUUUCACCCACAAGGCUGGUAUCCAUGCCAAGGCUAUUCUCAACAACCCCAGCACCUAUGAAAUCAUCAACCCCGCUGACUUCGGCAUGACCCGCUACGUGCACUUUGCUUCGCGAUUGACUGGCUGGAACGCCAUCAAAUCCCGUGCCCAACAACUGAAGAUUGAAAUGACCGAUGAGCAGUACAAGCAAUGUACUGCCAAGAUCAAGGCCCUUGCUGACAUUCGGCCAAUCGCCAUCGACGAUGCCGACAGCAUCAUCCGUGCCUUCCACAACAACAUCAAGCUCGGAACCGAUAAGCCUCUACUUGACCUGACCGAGGACGAGAAGGCCCAACUCGCACAGAAGGAGAAGGAACUUGCUGAAGAAGCACAGGCCAACGGCACAGUCUCUGCGUAGAGCCAUAUCCUCAGGAUCUGGAAAAUACAUGUAAUCGAAUGUCCACGAAACCGUUUCCUUGUGUCUACGUUUCCAUGUUUUGGUGUUUCACGGUCUUGUAUCACUGGUUGCGGCCGUGAUUUCUGCUCAGUCCUUUUGUUUUCUGUUUCCACAACCAAAAAGUGCUACUUGGUGUUCGGGGAUGGGUGACCAUACUGCUUGUACAUACACAUAUACAGUCACGUUUGCAAUCGAAUCAAGAUCUGUAACCAUUGAAUGUUCCCUCAAUGCAUGGGUCGCCACACCACCACAAGAACAGCGUUCUGGCUAUUCAGGGACUGAUCUGCGCACGUGAGUAGAACGAUAACAUGAGUUACAUGGCCG